GCGGGGAGUAAAAUAAUAAGGCCAUUUCAGUCAACACUCAACAGAGGUGGUCACGGUGACAUGGUCCAAUCAUCUAAAAAUCGACAAAUUGUUUUUUCCCAUCACAUGGAAUAUGUGAUGAAUUCUGGUGGAUUUCAACCUGUGCUUUCAACAGCAUCACGCUGUGGUCACACCUGUGAAUCUUGUUUAGCCGCCGUGGCCCACGUUUAUGGAUGACGGGUCGCUCUCGCGGUCGUGGGUGACCUUCCUUGUUCUUUCGUGCUUCGUCCUCGGUUUCCUGCAGUCUAAAAAUGUGCACCUGGGCCGCGGCGUCUUUUGCUUGUGACAUCGCGACUCUAGUCUCAAGUGAAAUGGAUAGACCUGAGACUGUGAUGUGAGUGCGACAAGCGUGCAGCGCGGCUCCGCCAUGGGUGCUACGGCUUGGCAAGAGAUGGUGGUGGUUGUGUUCGUCGGCAUCGGCAUCGUGGCCGUUGGCGCCGCGGAGUUCGCGUACGACGGCUUCGCCGGCGCGGGCCUGGCGCUCGACGGCAUGGCGACCCUCACGCCGGCCGGCCUGCUGCAGCUCACCAACGACACCAUCAUGCCCAAGGGCCACGCCUUUCACCCGGAGCCCGUCACGUUUCGGCGGCCGGCGGCGGGAGCAGGCGGCGCCGCUGCCGCGGCGGCGAUGUCCUCCUUCUCGACCACGUUCGUGUUCGCCAUCGUGUCGGAGUUCCUGGACCUGAGCACGAGCGGGUUCGCGUUCCUGGUGGCGCCGUCCACGGACCUGUCCACGGCCAUGCCCAACCAGUACCUGGGCGUGUUCAACGGCACCGACAACGGCGACGCGCGCAACCGCAUCUUCGCCGUCGAGUUCGACACCGUGCGCAACCCGGAGUUCGCGGACAUCAACAAUAACCACGUCGGCGUCGACGUCAACAGCCUCAACUCCUCUGCGGCGGCGCCGGCGGGGUACUACGACGACGCCACGGGCGCGUUCCGGAACCUGAGCCUGAUAAGCCGGGAGCCCAUGCAGGUGUGGGUGGACUACGACGCCGCGACCACGGAGAUCACCGUGGCCAUGGCGCCCGCGAGAUCGCCCAGGCCCAAGAGACCGCUCCUGUCCAAGAGGAUCGAUCUCUCCACGGUCAUCACCGACACGGCGUGCGUCGGCUUCUCGUCGGCGUCCAGCAUCGUGCUCGUCAAGCACUACGUGCUCGGCUGGAGCUUCAGCCUCGACGGCGACGCUCCGGCUCUCGACUACGCCAAGCUGCCGAAGCUGCCACGCAUCGGCCCAAAGCCCCAGUCCAAGGGGCUGACCAUCGCGCUGCCAGUAGCCGCCACGGUGACCGUCCUCGCGGUGGUUGCCAUCGGAGUCUUGCUCCUCCUCCGACGGCUCAGGUACGCCGAGCUGCGCGAAGAUUGGGAGGUGGAGUUCGGGCCACAACGUUUCGCUUUCAAGGACCUCUACGACGCCACCGGCGGCUUCAAGGACAAGUGGUUGCUCGGCGCAGGAGGCUUCGGAACGGUGUACAAGGGCGUGCUCCCGGGGCCCGGGGCCGAAAUCGCUGUGAAGAAGGUGUCUCACCACUCAAGGCAAGGGAUGAAGGAGUUCGUCGCCGAGGUCGUCAGCAUCGGCCACCUCCGGCACCGCAACCUCGUGCAGCUGCUCGGCUACUGCCGGCGCAAAGGGGAGCUCUUGCUGGUCUACGACUACAUGCCAAAUGGCAGCCUCGACAAGCACCUACACUGCCGCGAAGACAAACCCGUCCUGUCUUGGGCCCAGAGGCUGCACAUCAUCAGAGGCGUCGCCGCCGGGCUGCUCUACAUGCACGAGGACUGGAAGCAGGUGGUCAUCCACCGGGACAUCAAGGCGAGCAACGUGCUCCUCGACGGCGAGAUGAAUGGGCGGCUGGGCGACUUCGGCCUCGCGAGACUGCACGACCAUGGCGACGACCCGCAGACCACGCGUGUGGUCGGCACCAUGGGGUACCUGGCGCCGGAGCUGGUGCGCGCCGGCAAGGCGACCGCUCGUUCCGACGUGUUCGCCUUUGGUGUGUUCCUCCUGGAGGUGGCGUGCGGCCGGAGGCCCGUUGAGGAGGACGCGGGCACCGACACUGACACCGACACCAGCGACUGCUUCGUGCUCGUAGACUGGGUGCUCGGGCACUGGCGCAAUGGCUCCAUUACCAGCGCGGUGGACGCCAGGCUCGGCUCUGGGUACGACGUCGUGGCGGCGGACCUGGUGCUGCGCCUGGGGCUGGCGUGCCUGCACCCGUCGCCGGCGGCGCGGCCGAGCAUGCGGCAGGUCACGCAGUACCUCGAUGGCAGCGCGCCGUUGCCAGAGCUGCCCGCGACGGACAUGUCGUUCACCACGUUCGCGGGCAUGGGGAGGUACCAGCCUCUCUUCGACUCGUGGUCCGUCCGGCAGACGACAACGGCGGCGAUGAGCGUCGCCACCAUUUCUGACAUCGGCCUCUCCGGCGGCAGAUGACAAGUUCAUGCAGGUGUCCGUCGGUAGGAGGCUUUCAUUUAGCAAUAGGGAAUAGAUGUGAUGUUUCAUUGGCCGCAGAAAUCGUGGCCACGUCAAGCUUGUCUAGGAUUUGCUGCAGUGGACCCAAUGAAUUUACGAUUUUGGCCGUGAACAUUGUUCGGCAA